AUGGCAACAUCAACCAACGCCGUGCUCUGUUUCCUCCUCCUCCUCCUCCUCCUCCUCCUCCCUCUGUCCAAUAACGCCGCAACCAUCGAGAUCGUCAACAGCUGCUCCUUCACUGUCUGGGCCGCAUGGGCCUCCACCAGCCCCAAGACAGGCGGCGGUAACCAGCUCAACCCGGGUCAGACCUGGACCAUCAACGUCACCGCCGGCACCGACCUCGGCCGGAUCUGGGCCCGCACCGGGUGCUCCUUCGACAGAAGCGGCCGCGGUAACUGCCAGACCGGCGACUGCGGCGGGGUGCUGCAGUGCCAGGACUACGGCCGGCCGCCCAAUACCCUCGCCGAAUUCUCCCUCAACCAGUUCAGCGACCUCGACUACUUCGGCAUCUCCAACGUGGAGGGCUACAACGUGGGGAUAGCCUUCAGCCCCACCAGCGGCGGGUGCGGAGGGGUCCGGUGCUCCGCCAACAUCGUGGGGGAGUGCCCGGCGGAGCUGAGGGCGCCGGGGGGCUGCAACAACCCCUGCACCGUCUUCGGGACGCCCCACUACUGCUGCACCGAUGGAACUUGUGGGCCCACGGUUUAUUCAAGGUUCUUUAAGACGCGGUGCCCCGACGCCUAUAGCUACCCGCAGGCCUACAGCUACCCGCAGCACGACGAGACCAGCACGGUCAUCUGCCCCAGCGGGCACAACUACAAGGUCACCUUCUGCCCCAUUAAUAAUUUUAUAAUUUGCAUACAAUUAAACCGCACCGAUUUGGGCUCGUCGAAAUCGUGGUCAGUUGGCGGAUAUUAAAAUUAGUAAACAACUUUUCACAAA